AUGCUUCAAGGUGUUUCUGAGAUAGUAGCAAUGUGUGUCGGCCUGAUUGGGCUGAUCGGGGCAGCGGCUACUACAGGUUUGCCCAUGUGGAAGGUGACAGCUUUCAUUGGGGAAAAUAUAAUUGUGAUGGAAACCCGCUGGGAAGGCUUGUGGAUGAACUGCUACAGACAAGCCAACAUCAGGAUGCAGUGUAAGGUGUACGAUUCCCUGCUGUUUCUACCCCCGGAUUUACAGGCAGCCAGGGGUCUGAUGUGCUGUUCUCUGGCCUUGUCGGGGCUGGGGCUCCUUGUGGCUAUGGCAGGAAUGCGGUGUAUAUCCUGUGUUCGGGAUAAUGAUCGGGCUAAGACCAUCAUACUGAUGGUUGCAGGUGGUAUGCAGUUCUUGGCCUGUAUCUGUGUCUUUAUCCCCGUGUCAUGGACAGGUCAUGUCAUCAUUCGAGAUUUUUAUAAUCCUUUGCUAAUUGAUGCCCAGAGGAGGGAGCUGGGAGAGGCACUCUACAUCGGUUGGGUGACCGGCGGCUUUCUUUUCGCCUCAGCCAUGUUGUUCCUCUGCCGUCGUAUACCCUCAGACAAAGGCUCAUUCGACAUGUACAACCAAGCCAACUUGCUCAGUUACAAACCAGCAGCCAACAAGCCAACUCUAAUGAGGUAUCAUCCCAUCUCGAGUGUUCCCAGCCUCCGAUCUAAUGCAUACCAUCCUUCUCUGCGGAACAACGGCUAUGUUGGACAACAACUUGCAACGCCACUGCAAAACAUCCCUCAAGUGAUGACAAGGGAUGUCUAUAAUCCCGGUCUGCCUGAAAAUGAGUCAUUGUUAUAUCAAGCUAGCAUGGCUCACCAUUCCUCCAUGCGGAGCUCUAACCAUGUUGGGAGUUUGUAUACACCAGGCAACUCCUUAUACAUAAGCCAAAACACCCCGCCACAUUCACUGACUUAUAUCAGCAAUCCUACUGCGUCCUACCAGUCCAGUUUUUAUCCGGUUCCACACACUCCUGUGUUCAUAGGAUAUAAAGCAUCAAGGACACAACCGGAGUCUUACAGUGGGAGCAGUGCUGGUGUAUACAUAUAA